CGUCUGACCAGUUCUACCGGAAAUAGUCAUCAACUCGUUUAUAGAGUGCGUGCGACUCUUCCUGCGGAAACGCUUUGAUUCGGCUCAUUCUAUUGGUGUGCGGCUCUCGCUCAGAAACUGUCGGUGCCUGGGCUGCCGGGACACCCUUUGAGGCCGGGACACCCUUUGAGGCCGGGACACCCUUUGAGGCCGGGACACCCUUUGAGGCCGGGACACCCUUUCCGACUGGUUCCGCAGCUACAGCUGAAUGUAAGCUCUUGUGCAUUUCACACUAUAAAAUGGAUAAUCUUGGAAGCCCGACUGCAGGAGUUUGGGCCCAUGAAGCGCCGGCAGAUGUGUAUAUUGAAACAGAGGAUCCGAAUAUUGAUGACGAUCAUGAUGAUGAUGAUGAUGAUGAAGAGGCCUGCGCUAUGGAUCACAUUGACCACUGCUAUACCUCCGAAAACACGGACCUUUGUCACGUUACUCUGGAGCUUAAAAAUAAAAUCAGGAUCUUGCAGAGGAUCGCCAACAAUCAGAAGUACCGCAUCCAGAAAAUGAACCAGUACAUUAAAGAGUUAAAAGUGCAAAAUAAGGAGACUUGUAGGAAACAGGCGGCCUGCCUGCCGGACUUGCACCGCUCUGAUGGAGCCGCAGGGGAAAAAACAUAUAAAAGAACCCUCCUGCCCCCCAGAAAACUUCAUGGGAAGUGCCUCAGUCUCCCAAAUUCCUUCAGGCAAGAAACGGUAGCUAAGGGGCAAAGUGCAACGGAACCAGCAGAAACCAGGCUGCUCCGAAGUCACACUAAAAGGUUAAUUAUGGAACCCGAGGAUGGAGGGACAGCAGACUGUUCAGCAAAUGACCAGCAGAAAGAGCAGGAGGGCAGCAGCACAACCAGCCCUAAACACCAGCAGCAAGGCAGCUGAAUAUGAAUAAUCAACAGACACAUUCCAUGUCUUCAAAGACUACUAGUAAAGUGCAGCCAAAGCAUCAGGGGAAGCCACCAGCAACUGCUCCUGCCCCCAACUGAGCUAUAGUAAGGAUUUCUGGGAAGGCUCCAGUACAUGCUGAACUCUACAGCGGCAUCACUUGCAAUUACUGUUCUGUUUUAUUCAGCUCGAGUAAGGGCAGAGCAAUCAAAAGCCUGAAAUUGGCAGCCUAAAACUGUUAAUAUCUGGGAAAGAACAAAAUAAAAGCUCAGAAGAGCAGACAGCAAGCUAGUUGUUCAUUCUCAUCCAAUCCACGAGGAUUUCUGCAUUGACCAGGAAGGAAACGCCUCCUCUUCAUCUGCAAACCCUUUAUAUGUUGUUUUUUUUAGCCUUGGAUUAAAUAAACAAAGUGAAUAUUUGAUUAA